AUGCCGGGAGAUCGGAAUCGGAAUCGGUCGCGGUCGAGAUCGCCGGAGCGGAGGCGCGGGGAUGUCAGACGGCGGUCGCCGCUCGAUGAGGAGCAUCGGGCGAAGAGGCCGAGGAGGUCCGACGAAGAGGGGAGGGAUGAGGGGCGGCGGCACCACCACCUUCGGCACAGAAGCCACCGUCAUCACCACCGGGACAGCCCGCGGGAGAGCAGCGCGCGCAGCAGCAAAGACGUUCCUGCGGCGGCGGCGGCGCUGCCGUACGACGCGCGCGCGCUUUCGAAGAACGAUCUGGACGUCUUCAGGCCGCUGCUGGCGUAUUACCUGGACCUGCAGAAGCAGAAGGACAUGCGCGACAUGGACGAGCGGGAGGUCCGGGGCCGGUGGAAGAGUUUCAUGGGGAAGUGGAACCGCGGGGAGUUGAGCUCCGGGUGGUAUGAUCCGGAGAUGUUCAUGGCUGCCAAGGAGAGGGCUCCAGAGGAUGCGCCGCUGGGGAGGACUGAGAAGGACGUGGACGAGGAUGGGGAGGAAGGGCACGAUGAUGUUGAUGAUGUUGAUGAUGAUGAUGAUGACGACCUGGGGCCGAUGCUGCCGCCUAGCGCUCGCGAGGGCGGCCGGCGCUCCGGGCCGGGGAUCCCGAGUCUCGCGGACCUGUCGCUGCGCCGGGAGGAUCUCGCCGAGGACGCGCAGCGCGAGCGGGAGGCGCAGGUGGAGGAUCUGCGGGCGCAGAGGAAGGACGAUCGCAAGCAGCAGCGAGAGCGGCUGGACGAGCUGGUGCCGCGCGCGGACGCGGGGACGAGGGAGCGGAAGCUGGAGAAGCGGGCGCUGGUGAACGACAAGAUGAAGGGGUUCGCGGACAAGGGCGGGGACGGGCAGGUUGAGGUCGGGGAGCAGGAGCUGAUGGGUGGCGGGGACUCGGUGGCGGAGUACCGGGCGAUGAAGGCGCGGGAGGAGCGGAAAAAGACGGAGAGGGAGAUCCGGCGGGAGGAGGUUGCAAGGGCGAGGGCGGCGGAGAGGGAGGAGAGGGUCAGGGAGUACCGGGAGAGGGAGGAGGGGGAAAUUUCUGCCCCUCCCCCGCCAUCAACGACCCCUCCAUCCAAUUCCUCACCAACCCUCACCACAAAAAUGAGCCCAGUCAGCGACGUCGCCGACGGCGACACGGGCGACCUCUUCCAGGACCCGGAGGACUACUACCCGCCCACGCCACCGCCGACCACGCAGUCGCACACCCUCGCCUCGGGCCGCGUGCUCACGCUGCACCUGGUCGGCUACUCGCCGACGGAGGCGCACCACCUGUGGAACGGCAGCCGCGUGGUCUCGGACUACUUUGAGGCGGAGCCGGCGCGCGUGCGGGGGCGCACGAUGCUCGAGCUCGGCGCGGGCGCGGGCUUGCCCUCGCUGACGGCGGGGAUCCUGGGCGCGAAGAGGGUGGUCGUGACGGACUUCCCGGACGUGGAGAUUGUGCAGACGAUGCAGAAGAACGUGGACGAGGCGGGGGAUCUGGAGGGCGUGGUGGUGCCGGCGGGGUAUGUUUGGGGCGCGGACGUGGUGCCGUUGCUGGAGAAGCUGGGGGGAGGGGAGGGGGCGAGGUUUGAUGUGUUGGUGCUGGCGGAUCUGCUGUUUAGGCAUUCGGAGCAUGGGAAGCUUGUGGAUACGAUUGAGAUGGCGCUGGCGAGGAGGAGGGAUGCGGUGGCGUAUGUGUUUUUCACGAGUUACCGGCCGUGGUUGAGGCACAAGGAUUUGGCGUUCUUUGAUGUGUGCCGCGAGAGGGGGUUUGUGGUCGAGCAGGUUGUGGAUAAGAGGUUGGAGAAGCCGCUUUUCGAGAAUGACCCUGGUGAUUUGGAGGUGCAGAAGACGGUGGGCGGGUAUGAAGUGAGGUGGCCUGAGGAGAAGCUGGAGGCGUAG